GAUUCUCUGGAUCACAAGAUCUGCCUGUUCGAAUGUACCAGCUUCAAGGGUAACAAGAUGGAGAUUCAUGAGGAUGAUGUGCCCAGUCUCUGGUCCUAUGGCUUCUGUGACCGUGUGGGCAGCGUGAGGGUCCCCAGCGGGACAUGGGUUGGCUAUCAGUACCCCGGCUACCGAGGCUACCAGUAUCUGUUUGAGCCCGGCGAGUACAAGCAUUGGAACGAGUGGUCUGCCUACCAGCCCCAGAUCCAGUCCGUCCGUCGAAUUAGAGACAUGCAGUGGCACCAGAGAGGCUGCUUCCCCAUUCCCACUAGUCUACCUAAGUGA